CAACGAAGAAUCAGUUCUCGACACGCAACUGUGACGGAAAGCUUAUAUGGAUGUGACCCGAGUUUCCUACGUGGAUUACAUUUGCGGCUGGAAUCGUUACACUAUGAAGAUAUUGGGUAUCUGGCCAGAAAAAAGAAAAUAUAAUCAAGCAUCGAGUUACAUCGUCCUUCUACCAAUUAGCACGAUGUUACUAUUCGUCAACAUACCACAAACGAUAGAUCUCUAUUACGUAUGGGGCGAUAUCGAUUUGACCGUCGAAAAUUUAUCACUUGGAAAUAUGACCGUUUUAAUUGCCGUUUUCAAGACAACUAUCUUUUGGUUCAGUGGAGGAUCUCUAAGUAUUCUACUAUCUCGUAUGGAAAUGGAUCGAAAUGAAACGAAUACAGAAGAGGAAACAAAAAGAAUGAUGAGGAUCGCUGCAAUUUGCAGAAAAAUAUCCAUUGGAAGUACUUUAACUUAUUACGUUAUUGUUAUUCUCUUCGUUGUUAUUCAUGUAUUAUUAAUUAUCUACAUCGGCCAUGUUCUCAUAUUGCGCUGUUAUUUUCCGUAUGACAAACUUUCUACCCCGUAUUAUGAGUUAACUAUUUUUGGACAAACUAUGGCUGGCUAUUGCACAGGAGGAACGUACACGUCGGUAGACACUUUUGUGGUUACUUUGGUCUUUCAUGCGUGCGGACAAUUUAAAAAUUUGAGACAACAGUUAUCAAAUUUGUCUCCUGAAAAUGACUAUGAAUUUAAAGCUAAACUAGCUCAGAUUGUUAAAAAACACGAUUCUCUAAACAGAUUCGUCAAUACGAUCGAGAGACAAUUCAGUGACAUGUUACUAUUGCAAAUGCUCGGCUGUUCGGUGCAACUUUGCGUAACGUGUUUUCAGGCGCUCUUGGCACUACAAGGAAAUGACGGAAUGAUUCUGAUCCAAAUGUUAUUCUUCGGAUUCUAUUUAUUAUACGUUUUGUUUCAAAUCUAUUUGUAUUGUUAUAUUGGCGAGCAACUCAUUACAGAGAGCAUGGGAAUUGCCGAUGCAGUGUACGAGUGUCAGUGGUAUAAUUUAUCACCCAAUCAAAUCAAAUCUUUAAUGAUUAUCAUGUUUCGAGCACGUGUACCUAUGAGCAUAACUGCAGCCAAAUUUUGUUCGUUCAGUCAAAAACUUUUUGGCAAGAGAAACAAACUAAGAAAGGAUCAGUUCCCGAUACGUCGCUGUAAAGGAAACCCAUACAUGGAUUUGACUCGAGUUUCCUACGUGGAUUAUAUUUACGGAUGGAAUCGUCUCAUUAUGAAGAUAUUGGGAAUCUGGCCAGAGGAAAGAAAAUACAAUCGAGCAUCGAGUUACUUGAUCAUUCUACCACUUAGCAUGAUGUUACUUUUCAUUGCGAUACCACAAACGAUUAAUCUCUACUUCAUAUGGGGUGAUAUCGACUUGAUCGCUGAAAACUUAUCAGUUGGAAACAUGACCGUUUUAAUUGCCAUUUUCAAGACAACUAUCUUUUGGUUCAAUGGAAGAUCCAUUAGUGUUCUACUGUCAAGUAUGGAAGAAGAUCGAAAAAAUACGAAAACGAAGGAAGAAGCAAGAAGGAUGAUGUACACUGCCAAAAUUUGCAGACGCGUAUCUCUCGUAUUUCUCUUAACAUCUAAAGUACUUAUUGUUUUUUUCAUCAUUCUAUAUUUUGUAUUCAUUCGUUUUGUCGGCCGUACCCUCAUAUUACGCUCUUAUUUUCCAUAUGACAUACAACCCACGCCAAAUUAUGAGCUGACCGUAUUUGCUCAAAUUCUGGCUGCGUAUUGCACUAGUGAGACUUACACGGCCGUAGACACUUUUGUGAUUACUUUAAUAUUUCACGCGUGCGGACAGUACGAAAACUUGAAACAACGCUUACGUGAUUUGCCAUCUCACGGAGGCAAUCAGUUUAAAGCAGAACUCUCUCAAAUCGUUAAAAAGCACGAUUCUCUAAACAGAUUCACCGAUACGAUCGAGGAACAAUUUAAUGACAUGUUACUGUUCCAAAUCCUCGGCUGUACGGUACAACUUUGCGUUACAUGCUUUCUGGUGUUAUUGUUCAUUGGAAGAAAUAAUGAAAUGGUUUUCGUUCAACUAACUUUCUUUGCAAUCUUUAUAACAUUCAUCUUGGUACAGAUAUAUUUGUAUUGUUAUACAGGCGAGAAACUUCUUUCCGAGACCAUAGGAAUUAUUGAUGCCGCUUACGAAUAUCCGUGGUACGAAUUAUCACCAAACGAAGCUAAAUCGCUCAUGAUAAUAAUGCUACGAGCACGAAUACCUUUACACAUAACAGCUGGCAAAUUUUGUCCAUUAAGUCAUAAACUAUUUAGCAGUAUUCUAAAAACAUCGAUGAGUUACUUGUCGGUACUUCAUGCGAUGAAUAUCGUAAAUACUGAAUGAAAUGUGCAAAAUGAAUUUAAAUGUAUUUUAUCAUUGAAUAGUAAUAAUGUAAUGCAAAGAAAUAUUUUAAUUCAUCGUGAUUAAAAAAUAAUUAAUUUUAUUUUAAUAAGCCGGUUACGCUUUUCAAUAACA